CACCAUUGUUUGAAAUUGCUACUUUAUAACUUGGAUAAAUAAUUUGCGCUACUCAGUACUCACAACACAAUGUCUAUGCGUGCAGCAACGGAUUAUAUUUCGUACGGUUAUGCUGCUGUUGUUGCCUUUGGUGGGGUUUUUGGCUAUGUUAAAGCAGGUAGUGUAAUGUCAUUAGCAAUGGGACUGCUAUUUGGAGGUCUUGCUGGAUAUGGGGCGAUGCAGACUUCUGCAAAUCCGAGAAAUGUGAUGGUAGGACUAUGUGCGUCAGGCGUUCUUGGAUUGGUCAUGGGAGUGCGAACUUUCAAGUCAGGAAGAUUUAAGUUAAUGCCAGCUGGCUUAGUACUCAUACUCAGCUUAUUGCAAGUUGGGCGUCUGCUGUACAAGUACAGAAGCUAAGCUGAAAGGAAGAAAAUUUACAUUCGUAGAUAAGCUGUGACAUAGUGUAAAACAUGUUAUGUGUGUAAACACUUUUUAAAAAAUGUGUUCCAAUUGUAUUCCUUAAAACCAUGUGAAUUAAUUUUAAGUUUU